CACGGAUCACCUCACAGGAGCAGAAGGUUGACUGACAGGUUGAAGAUGAACGCUGCGGUAUCACGGCGGCACACCGGGUCGUUUCUACCGGAAAUCACCAGCAAGAAACGGAGGAUAGGUGCUCAACACAGGACGAAGCAGGAGUCUCUACCAACUGGAUCUGUGCUGAAUAAACCAACACAAAUCCUCUCCAGGGAAGAUAUUGCACUGGUCAGAAACAGUCUGAAGCAGAACAUCUGUGUGAAGCUGCUUCAGGAAGGUUUUCCCAGGUCGUUCUCCGAGUUGUUCUUUCUGCUGCGCGUCAAUCAGGAUCAGAGGACGGCAGCUGAACCAGGCUCUGAGGUUUUGUCACAGAUUCCUUUAGAGGACCAACAAGACAAACUGGAGACCUUGAAGCUUCACCUGAGCCUGGCCGAGAAGGCUGAAAGGACCGGUUCCUGGUCGACGGUGAACGAGCAGCGUCUGUUUUUGGGUCGGUACUUCUCGGCUCCGGAGGAUUUCUGGCUCAGUUUGCAUUUCCUCCUCAGCUGCAUCAACAAAGAGCGAGGGAGCCGCUCCAGACCGGCCACCGAGGCCCGAGCCUGCUUGGCCGAAGUCUACCUUCAGCAAGGCGAGCUGGAGGAGGCGAGGAAGCAGGCGGAGAUUUGCCUCAAGAUGUCGGAGGACGGCGGCUGGCUGGAUUUGUCCGGUCGGCCCCUGAAGCUCCGGGCUCGCCAGGUGCUGUGGAGGAUCUUCAACCGGCUGGCUGACGCUCCGCUGGCCGACGGAGACUACGACAAGGCCCUGAAGCUGCUCCACCAGGGCUACAGCAUGGCCACCCAGUCUGAAGACAAACAGAUCGUAGGAGAAGGCGCCUAUCGACUCGGACUGACCUAUCAGAGUACAGGAGACCACCAAACGGCCAAACAGUUCUUCAACACCUGCAUGCAGAUUUGCGGCACGCUUGAGGAUCCGAAGGGGCUGGGAAAAGCCUACAAGGCGAUGGCCAAGUCUACGGAGAGUGAGGGAAACAUAGACGAGACGAUCCUGUGUUUGGAGAAGUUAGCCGACGUCACCCGUAGCAACGGACUACAACGCGACCUGACAGACGCCUGCUUGUAUCUGGGCGACAUCUACUACAGCAGUAGUCAGUUUGAGAACGCCUGUCAGUAUUACCUGCAGGGUUACGAAGUGGCCUGUGACCUCGGAGACGUCGCUCUGCUGCAGAAAGCUCAGGUGUUGGCGGCCGGCGCUCGAGCUCAGUCGCUCAUCGGGAAGUACAGCGCUGAUGUGGAGUCGGCCACGCCCGCCGCUCUGAGACGACUGCUGGCCUGGAAGGAGACGAGAGGAAGUCGAGACGCUGCGGAUAACACGGCUGCUGCUGCUUCUGCUGCUCUAAUAAAUCCUCCUCCAGCGUACAGAGAGAGGGAGAGGAGAGAAGAGAAGAGGAGAGGAGUUGUAAGAAACUUUGUAUCCCGGCUGGUGAGACGGAGGAGGAGCCGGCGGGAGUUGAUCCAGAAGAGACCCGGAGCCUGA